GGUUGAUAUCAUUUCAAACAUGUAACGUACGUUUUUGUGUGUUUUGAAUGCCGCAGAGGCAGAGACGGCUGAUAUUUUGGAUGAUCAACACUCAUAGGCUCUGCUGUUUCGUUGACAUGCCUUUUAAAAGAUUUUAAUGUUUAUCAAUUUUUAACUUUUCUGACAUUGUUUUAACCAUUUUAUGUAAUAUAGAUAGUCGUAAAUAUUUUACCUUCAAUCGAUUUUGUUUCGCGAGUGAUUAGAUUUUAUUUAUCCAACAUGACUUCCAUCGAACCCAAGGAAGCUGAUCCAGAAAUACCCGAUAUUAUUGUGGAUAAUACAACUGGUACAACUUAUAUGAAAGGAAGGUUCUUUGGAAAGGGUGGCUUUGCAAAAUGUUACGAAAUAACAGACACAAAAACAAACAAGGUUUUCGCCGGCAAAAUUGUUUCCAAGAAACUUUUGUUGAAAAGCAAUCAGAAAGAGAAAAUGAUGCAGGAAAUAGAAAUACAUCGCAGUCUGCAUCAUGAUAACAUUGUUCAGUUCUACGGGUUCUUUGACGAUCAGAAUUUUGUAUAUAUUGUGCUGGAAUUGUGUAGGAAACGUUCAAUGAUGGAACUUCAUAGGCGUAGAAAAACACUGACAGAGCCUGAAGUACGUUACUACAUGAGGCAACUGAUGCUCGGAGUGCUCUAUCUCCAUGAAAAGAACAUCAUUCAUCGAGAUUUGAAGUUGGGAAAUUUGUUCCUGAACGACGAUGUUCAGGUGAAGAUUGGAGACUUGGGCCUGGCCGCCCGUAUUGAAUACAGAGGUCAACGAAAACGAACACUGUGCGGUACUCCGAAUUAUAUUGCUCCUGAAAUUCUGAACAAGAAAGGCCACAGUUUUGAAGUCGAUGUCUGGUCAAUGGGAUGUAUCAUGUACACACUACUGGUGGGCAAGCCGCCAUUCGAGACAAAAUCGUUGAAAGACACUUACGGCAAGAUCAAGCGCUGUGAGUACCGAAUCCCGACCCAUCUGCGCAGGUCACAGCAGGCCGUUCAUAUGAUCAUGGCCAUGCUACAGGGUGAACCCAGCAAGCGGCCCAGUGUCAAAGAACUGCUCAACCAUCCUUUCUUCUCCUGCGGCUACAUGCCAUCCAGUUUGCCAGUGUCCUGUCUAACGAUGACUCCCAGAUUUGAUGUGAUUGAGAAUGAAGACUCGCUACACAGGAAGCCCCUCACUGAACUCAACUCGGGCGCCAACCGUAUGACGACUCCGAACAAGGGCAAUAGUGGUUCGCCGAGCGUAGCGCGCAUGCCACCCCGCAACAUGCACGAGGAGCGACUGCAUCACAUGCAAAAGAUUCUCUGCCAACUGGUCAAGAUCAACCCGAAUGUUGUGCUUGACUCACCUGCUGAGGACCAGUCAGACCCGGCUCUGCAGCCGCUGUUCUGGGUGAGCAAGUGGGUGGACUACUCGGACAAGUAUGGCUUCGGCUACCAGCUGUGCGACGACAGUGUCGGUGUCAUCUUCAACGACUGCUCCAAGAUCGUUCUGCUGCAGGACCAACAGAACGUUCACUACUUUGAGCAGAACGGCAUCGAGUCGUACUACACGAAGACCAACACGCCCAGUCACCUGGAGAAGAAGAUGAAGCUGUUGUCGUACUUCCUGCGCUACAUGACUGAUCACCUGAUGAAGACGGGUGAAUCGGUGCAGAGGGACUGCGACCGGCUCAGUCGGAUCCCCUAUGUCACAUUCUGGCAUCGCUCCUCAAAAUGCGUGCUUAUGCUGCUCGCUAACGGCACGUUGCAGGUGAACUUCAUGGACCACAACAAGCUGAUCAUCUGCCCGCUGAUGCAGGCAGUGACGCACAUCAAUGAGGAGAAGCAGUUCCGCACCUACAGCUUGGAGACAAUCGAGCAGAAGGGCUGCAGUCGACAGCUGCUCGGCUGCAUCGACUAUGUACGCAAGAAGCUGCGAUCCCUCAUCAUCAUGGAGAACGACAAGAUCGGCCAUUAGUCUCCACUAAAUAACACUAAAACCUAAACAGACUAGAACAUUUGUUAGUACAUCCUUCAUUCCAAAGCUGCCCUGAGAAGAUAGCCUGUAACCUCCAUAGGCAUUUCAUGAAAUUCUCCUGCAAUCUGAGGAUUUUGGAAGAAGGUUUGCCUAUCAUGAAUGUGCCUUUGUUAUUGUAAAUAUGUUUGAAUGUAUGUUUCUGAAAUCAGUUUCUGAAUGUAUGUUUGAUAAAUGUUUCCGAAAAUUACUGUUGAUGCAUGAGGUGUAAAAAUGUGCUUCAAUUGUCACGAUAUUUAUUAUCUGUAAUUAGGAUGAAAGUAUAGGUUCCCUCCUGCUAAUAAUUGUAUUGAUAGAAAUUUUUGACUUGGUAUCCACAUGCCAAACCAGCUUGUAUUGAUCUCCCCAAUUAGUUGAUUAUCGAUUGAAUUUUAGCAAUUCAUCUUUAAUCUUUUCGUACUAAAAAUCUAUUCAUUUCUUUAUUUAUACCGCGCAUGAUAAAAUCCUGUAAGCUUGCACUCUAACUUUCUCUUGAAAUUUCGAAAAAAUCUUUAAAAUUCUUGAAUGAAAGUGUCUCAAAUGUGAUGAAGUUGAAGGUUCCAAUAUUGAAAUAGAUAAGUAUUAAUUGCCCCUUGAGUUGUUAUUUUUCUAUUAGAGUCGAUUUUUGAGAUAUAAUUUAAAUAUAAUUUUCUACCUUAAAACGUGUAAUGAAAUCGUUGAUAUGUGAUGAUAGUCUUAAAUUUAAGUCAACAUUUGUGAAAUUUUAUUAAAAUUGGACACAAAAUUGAUUUCCUAGUUUAAAUUCCGUUACGUGGGUUAAACUUUUGAGAAAUAUGAUCGAUAAUAAACCAAGUUUGUUAUCUCUAAUAAUUAUAAUAACAAUAUUGCUAUUGCUUGCCAAAAUUUGAUGGUUUACCAUGGUUGAAAGACUUGAAUAAAGAGGAUGAUUGAACCAUUAACUUCCCCCAAUUAAGUGUGAAAUAAAACAAAUUUAUCUAAUAUUAUUAUUGUUUGCUCCAGCUUUUUGAUUUCAUUGGUUUUUUAUAAGACUUGUCAUCGUGUACUAUUAGUACAAAAUAUUCGUGUUAAAACUAUUGUCUCCUGUAUCCCUACCACAGGAUUAUUAAAAAAAGUAUGUUUUAUCAACUCUGAAAUUACUGAUCAUGUAACAAAUAAAUUAUUUUUCCAAGUCCUUAAAUACUCUAAAGUAAAACAAUACUUAUAAAUUGUGUUCGGUAGUAGAGUUCAAAAUUCAAAUAGUUUCAAAAUUUGUUCAAAUUGACCAAAGUGUUCUUUGCAUUAUUUUAAACACUAUUUACAUUUUGUCAUAAUUAUACUAUCAUUCCUUUUAGUCUGCACAACUUUUUACUGUAAUAUUUUUUCUUUGAUUUACUUUUUAGAUAUUUUUUAUACACUUCUGUCAUUCUAUAUUAGACUGUUGUCUCUCUCUCAUUACGAUUUAUAUAACUUAUUAAUCACCUUGUUAUAUAAUUAUAAUUAUUACUUAAGUAUUGUAAUUCUGAUAUUGUUUUAAUUUUACUGAUGACUUAACGACAAUAUUAUUUACCCUAAUUUUUUGCUUUCAUAUUAGUUCGAUGCAAUGUAAAUGUUCUAUAAAUUAUAUAAAAUACAAAAUUAUUUUUGUCAUAGUUGUGUGAUUUAAGUUGAGUUUAAUGUGUGCUGUAUACUGUCAUGUAUUCUGACGUUACUUUACAUAAAAAAUUCAUAUCAAAUUGCAUUUGAAUCAUGCUCAAUAUUCAGUUGAUUUUUAUUGUUCUGAUAAAUUUCACAUCUUGAAUGUUUUGUAAAAUAUAUGACAAGAAAAUUGUAUUCUAUAGGCCUAUUCUUGUAAAAUGCAUUCAGUACCUAAUAAAGUUAUGCGAUUUCUAUAA